AUGGCAAGUGCCAUGUGGCUGGGUGGGACUAGAACGGAUAGUCCAGUGGUUAACCGGCUGAGAGUGGUGGAUGUGUCUGUCAUCAGCCCAGAGGUCUGGAAGAAGAAAUGGGGAGGGGCUAUCGACACUUGCCACGGUGGUUUUAUUUGUGCUGGUGGAUUCUAUUCUAUUCUCUCAGUACAUGGAAGUGACAUCAUAGAUGGUAAAAAAAAAGCCCCAGAGAACUCGAUGCAGUACAUGGCCUCUUUGCAGGACUACAACGGUCACCAUGUUUGUGGAGGAUUUCUCAUCACUGAAGACUUUGUAGUCUCGGCUGCACACUCACAUGGAAGUGAUAUCAUACAUGGAGAAAAAGCCCCAGAGAACUCGAUGCAGUACAUGGCCUCUUUGCAGGACAAGGAGGGUGGCCAUGUUUGUGGAGGAUUUCUCAUCACUCAGGACUUUGUAGUCUCGGCUGCACACUGUGAUGACUUGGUGGUGGACGUGUCUGUCAUUAACCCAAGGGUCUGUGAGGAACAAUGGCGUGGUCUUCCUGCCAAUGUUAUCUGUGCAGGUGGAUACAAAACAACCAAAGGAUUCUGUCAGGGGGAUUCUGGUGGUCCUCUGCUGUGCGACGGGUUUGCUGUUGGUGCAGUUUCUUUCAACUACAACGAGAACUGCAGUUACCCCAAUAAACCCAACGUCUAUACAGACAUCUCAAAAUACCGUCAGUGGAUUGACGGGAUUGUGAAAUCCAGAAAAUAUGAGGAGUAAAGAAUUCACUGACAGUUUGGCUUGUAUAUUAUUGAAAUCUCAGGAUUUCUGAUUCUCUGUUAGCAUAACCAAAAAUGAAAAUAAAAAUAUACCCCAGC